AUGAAGCUCAUCUCAAUCGUUGCCGCCGCGCUGGCCGCCACCUCGGUGCAGGGCGCAGCUCUACAGAGAUGGUGCCACUUCCCAGGCCAGGGCUGCUAUCUCGUCGAGCGUGCUGCCGACACCACCCAGGAAGUCAAACGCUCUGCCGACGCCAUGGCCGGUGCUAUGGCUGAGGCCAGUACCACCCUCAACAGAUGGUGCAACUUCCCCGGCCAGGGAUGCGCCAAGGCUAAGAGAGCCAUCGAAGCCGUCGACGAGGUCAAGCGCUCCGCCGAUGCUCUUGCUGAGGCCAUGGCCAUUAUCGACGAACUCCGUCCCGAAGACUUCGUGGAGGUUGAGGAAUAA